AUGUCGACCUCUGCCCGACGCCGUUUGAUGCGCGAUUUCAAGCGCAUGCAAACGGACCCCCCGGCCGGAGUCUCUGCGUCCCCCGUCGCGGACAACGUUAUGGUAUGGAAUGCUGUGAUUAUCGGCCCAGCGGACACCCCCUUUGAGGAUGGCACUUUCCGCCUCGUGAUGCACUUCGAAGAGCAGUACCCCAACAAGCCCCCGGGUGUCAAGUUCAUCAGCAAGAUGUUCCAUCCCAACGUCUACGGGACGGGCGAGCUCUGCCUUGACAUUUUGCAGAAUCGCUGGAGCCCCACUUACGACGUGGCAGCCAUUCUGACCAGUAUUCAGAGCUUGUUGAACGAUCCCAACACCUCGUCUCCUGCCAACGUGGAGGCAUCGAAUCUGUACAAGGACAACCGCCGUGAAUACAUCAAGCGGGUGCGCGAGACGGUGGAAAAGAGCUGGGAAGACUAG